GCCGGUGGUGGCAGCACUGAGCGCAGCACUGUCCGUCUCUACACACUGAAGAAGAAGACGACGGGUGCAUCAUCUUCGUUGUUAUCGCCUUUAUUUCUCGGAAGGCUUCGAGGAGGAGACAGCUGACGUGUGGUGACGUGUACAGCAUGACGAGAUGACCGGAGUGACAGAAGAAGCAGACGACGAUCAGCAGUUUCCCUCUGAAGGAGAGGAAACGCUCCCGGUCAUCCAGACGUCAGCACGACUGUCUCUAAAGAAAUGUCGCCCCACUCACCCGUGUUCGGUGUGCGGCCGAGUGUUCUCCCGUCCGUCUCGUCUGGCCGACCACUUGGCCUCGCACGCCGGAGAGAAGCGUCACAGCUGCUCCGUGUGCGGGAAGCGCUUUGCCAAGAAGAUCAACCUGACGUCUCACCUGCGUGUCCACACGGGCGAGAAGCCGUACUCCUGCCCGCACUGCGGCGUCAGCUACGCCCAGAUGAGCUGCCUGCGGCGACAUCUGCCCCGGCACGCCGCCGAGAAGCCGCAUGUCUGCAUGUUUUGCAGCCGCGGCUUCGUCCAGCGGCGCCACCUGGUGCAACACGAGCGGACGCACACCGGGGAGAAACCGUUCGCCUGCCCGCUGUGCCCCAAACGCUUCGCCUCCAACGCGGGCUUCAGCGAGCACCAGAAGAGCCACACGCAGAGGAACCUGCUGUGCUCGCUCUGCGGGAAGGCCUUCUCCACGCCGUCGUCCCUCAGAGACCACGUGAGGAACCACACGGGGGAGAAGCUCCACCCCUGCUCGCUGUGCAGCAAGAGCUUCAACCGACCGGGCCUGCUGAAGAAACACCUGCAGAGACACGCCGUGGAGCAGGAGCUGGCCAAAGCUCGAGGAUCUCAGAACAGCGAGGGAACUUUUUACCGCUGCCUCAAGUGCCAUGGCGAUUUCCCCACGCCCGAGAAGCUGCAGCAGCACGAAGAGCUCCACCGGAUGGCGCUGCAGUUUGUGUGCGACGCCUGCGGCCGCAGCUUCAGCCGAGAGUCUCGUCUGAGGGAGCACGCCAGGACUCACACCGGGGAGAAGCCGUUUCAGUGCGAGGUCUGCGAGAAGCAGUUCUCCGCUCAGAGGGCGCUGAGGAGGCACCGGGAGAUCCACAAGAAGAAGGGAGAGGGCGUCGCCAUGACGACCGAGAACGGAUCCACGCAGUCGGAGGAAGACGAGGAGAAAGCAGACGAGCGGGUCAGUGAAGGCAGCACGGCGGCAGGUUCGGCGUUCGACAGCUGCGGUCUGAACGGGCUGCGGGAGAUCAAAGUCGAGAUCACAAGCGAUGUUGAGGAUGAAGAGGAAACGAUGCCUUCCCAGAGCGAAAGCGUUCCCGACAGUCCAAAGAAACCCUACAGCUGCUCCAUCUGUGGGAAGACCUUCUCCAGGCCGUCCAGACUCAAAGAACACUUUAAGAACCACGCCACGGACUCGGAGCAGACGCUGCACCGCUGCUCCAAGUGCACGGAGACGUUCAGCGCCGUCAGCGACCUGAGGGCGCACGAGAAGAUCCACAGGAAGCGUCACCCCUGCAGCAUCUGCGCCCGCAGCUUCCUGAAGCCGUGCCACCUCCGGAAACACAUGAGGACCCACGUCAGGGACGGACUCAUCCAGGAGCCCGCCGACCAGGAGUUCUGGCUGAACAUAAAGACAGAGGAGGUGCAGCAGCAGCAGGAGGUUGAGGUGCUGCAGGAGGAGGUGCAGCAGCAGCAGGAGGUUGAGGUGCUGCAGGAGGAGGUGCAGCAGCAGCAGCAGCAGCAGGAGGUGCAUGCGGCCGGUCUGAUCCAGGAGGUCCCAGAGGAUCUUUCUACCACCAAUAAGACCUUCAUCACUAAACCCCGACUUCUUCCCGGUAACCAUGGCGACCAGGGCAGCUUAUCGUUGAAGGUGGUGGAAGUAGCAAACGAGGAGGGAGACGUGGGCGGGUUGAUCAACUCUGAUGGAGAACAGGAGGAUCCGAGACCGGUGCUCAUCGAACAAGAUGGCCGCCCCGUGACCCGGGUGGCAGCCGACAUCAUCGAUGGGAAAAAGAACCACUGCUGCCCUGUUUGUGGACGGAACUGCUACAAGGCGUCGGCGCUGCAGAAACACCUGAGGAUCCACUCAGGUGAGCGCCCGUAUCAGUGCCCCACCUGCAACAAGAGCUUCACGCAGCAGGUCCACAUGACGGAGCACCAGAGGACGCACACGGGCGAGCGGCCGUACACCUGCAGCGAGUGCAACAAGAGCUUCACCUUCUCCAGCGCCCUGCGCCGACACCAGCGGCUGCACACGGACGCCCGACCCUUCAGCUGCCCCGUCUGCCCCAAAACCUUCAGACGGCUCAGCUCGCUCCGGAGCCACCAGCUGACGCACGCCGGACUCCGCUUCCAGUGCCCGCUGUGCCCGAAGAGCUUCAGUGACGCCCUGGAGCUCACGUACCACGUGGACACGCACGCCAACACCCAGCUCUACUUCCCAAACAUCUGCAACUAGACGAGUCAGGAAACGAGACUUUUUAAAACUUCCACAUGAUUCUCCUUAAAAAUCAAACAAAGCCGUUAUGUGUGUGUUACCACGGCAACAGAAGUCUGAAGUCACACCCUGCUCGCUACAGAGCCAAAACGCCAUCUUAUGUAGUGCACUCAUUGUAUCCCACAAUGCACCACAGUGAAAGUAGCGCCGUGCAAGCGAUAUGUACCAUCAUGCUUUGCAGUUCAAAGCGUUUUAGGGGCAGAAGGUGGCGUUUGGCUCUCAGACGGACGAGAGGAGCGACCAGCGGGAACGCUCAAACGUUGAUAUUUGGAAAAGCUGUUUUAGUAAUGAUGAAAAGAUUUUUAAAGUUAACGCGACGCCAUCGUCUGGAAGAACAAAUAAACGAGAUUUGUUGCGAGAAUAA